UAGAAGCGAUCCGUGACCUGGAAGUGUUCAAUUUAAUUUUAAGGACGUUUCCGGCAGAAAAACGAAAUCUUAACAGAGGGACGAAAAGGCGGAAAGUAGAACGUAUGGACUCUCCAGGCAGAAGUCCCAGUCCUGGGCAAAAAGAACAAAGUGGACCUACAGAAGACGAGUCCUGUGCUGCAGCAGAGAGGCCCCAACAGGCCGGCUCAGUUGAGAGAAGCCCCAAUGAGAGGCCAUCUCCCCAGGCCAGUCCUGCAGGCCGUUCCCCCUCCGGGAGCCCCGCGUCCAGCAGCUCUGAUGACAGCAGCAGCAGCAGUAGUGAUGAUGAGGAUGAACACAAUGGGGCACUGAGGAAGUUAAGGAGCAGUGUGGCUCAGAUUAAAAGAUCAAGAUCCAAGUCCAGGUCCAGAGAGCGAGACAGGUCCAGGUCCAGGUCCAGAGAACAAGACAGGUCCACGUCCAGAGAGCAAGACAGGUCCAGGUCCAGAGAGCGAGACAGAUCCACAUCCCGAUCCAGGUCCAGAGGGCGAGACAGGUCCAGAGAGAGAGACCGAGAUCGGGGCCGCUACGACAGAGGACGCUAUACUCGUGAUCGCUAUGACGAUCGCCGUGACGAGAGGGAUGGCCGUUUUGACCGGCAGACGAAUCGGGAUGCAGAGUUUGAUCACAGGAGGAGAGGACGCUCAGGCUCCCUUCCCACAGACAGGGAGCCAGUGGCGGCUGAAGAGCCGCCGGUCAAGAAGAAGAAAGAGGAGAUCGACCCCAUCCUGACGAGGACGGGCGGAGCUUACAUCCCCCCCGCCAAGCUGCGCAUGAUGCAACAGCAAAUCACUGACAAGACCAGCCUGGCAUAUCAGAGGAUGAGCUGGGAGGCCCUGAAGAAGUCCAUCAACGGUCUGAUCAACAAAGUCAAUGUGUCGAACAUCGUCCACAUCAUCCAAGAGCUGCUGCAGGAGAACAUCAUCAGGGGAAGGGGUCUUCUGGCUCGCUCGGUGCUGCCUCAGGCAGCAUCUCCCACCUUUACUCACGUUUACUCUGCUGUCGUUGCCAUCAUCAACUCCAAGUUCCCGCAGAUUGGAGAGCUGAUCCUCAAACGCCUCAUCCUGUCCUUCAGGAGGAGCUACCGCCGCAACCUGAAGCAACAGUGUCUGACAGCCUCAAAGUUUGUGGCACAUCUCAUCAACCAGAACGUGGCCCAUGAGGUUUUGUGUCUGGAGAUGCUCACUCUGCUGCUAGAGCGUCCAACUGAUGACAGCGUGGAGGUCUCCAUCGCCUUCCUGAAGGAGUGUGGACUCAAACUGACCGAGGUGUCCCCGCGAGGAAUCAACGCCAUAUUUGAGCGUCUCAGGAAUGUCCUCCACGAGUCUGCCAUUGAUAAGAGGGUCCAGUACAUGAUCGAGGUGAUGUUUGCCAUCAGGAAGGACGGUUUUAAAGAUCAUCCAGUGAUCCCAGAGGGCCUGGACCUGGUGGACGAGGAAGACCAGUUCACCCACAUGCUGCCACUGGACGACGAGUACAACGUUGAGGAAAUGCUCAAUGUGUUUAAGAUGGACCCAGACUUCCUGGAUAAUGAGGAGAAAUACAAAACCAUCAAAAGAGAUAUCCUGGACGAGGGCAGCAGCGAUUCAGGGGAGGAGGGCGAUGGCAGCGAAGAAGAGGAUGAAGAUGAAGAAGAGAAGGUGCAGGAGGGAGAAGAUGAGAAGGUCACCAUCUUUGAUCAGACAGAAGUCAACCUGGUUGCUUUCAGAAGAACUAUCUACCUUGCUAUCCAGUCCAGUUUGGACUAUGAGGAGUGCGCUCACAAACUGAUCAAGAUGGACUUUCCUGACAGCCAGACGAAGGAGCUGUGCAACAUGAUCCUGGACUGCUGCGCUCAACAGAGAACAUACGAGAAGUUCUUUGGUUUGCUGGCCGGGAGGUUUUGUCUGCUGAAGAAGGAGUACAUGGAGAGUUUUGAGGGGAUUUUUGCAGAGCAAUACGAAACGAUUCACCGACUGGAGACCAACAAACUGAGGAACGUGGCUCGACUGUUCGCUCACCUGCUCUACACAGAUUCUGUGCCCUGGAGUGUAAGGACACAGACAUAAUUUCCAUCUGACAACCUCAUGAACGCAGAUUCUACAUACAUGACACGGGUUGUUCUUUCUAAUCUAACAUAACUCUCAGGGGCCCCCCAACUAAAUAAAAGGCUCAAGACUCCUUCUUUGGGGUCUUUUUCCUCUGAUAACCCCGAAACCUCGUUUCCCAUAAACUUCUUCACUUCUUUUGGAAUUCUCUCUCUCAGGGACGAGUUAAGGGAACAUUUGAAGAACGCUCCCAAGAUGAUCAUGACUCAGAACCAGGAAGUGGAAUCCUCUGACUCCUCAUCCUCUUCGUCCUCUUCAUCCUCCUCCGACUCCUCAAGCGAAUCAGAUUCCUCGUCCACCGACUCCUCCAGCGAAUCAGAUUCCUCCUCCUCAGACUCCUCCAGCAGCUCAGACGGAAAACACAGGAAAAAGAAGAAGAGUAAAGAACAAAGCGAGGUGAAAAAGAAGAAGAAAGGGGAGGACAAGAAGAAGGACAAACAGUCGGACAAGAAGCGAGCCGGACGCAAGAAGAACGAGGAGGAGGAGGACGACAGUGAUGACGAAAAACAGGCAAGGAAGGACAGGAAGGGCCGCACACAUAAAGUGGACAGGCGUGAGCGCGCACGUGAGGUGGAUGUGCGUGAACGCGCACGUGAGGUGGACGUGCGUGAGCGCCCACGUGAGGUGGAAGUGCGUGAGCGCCCACGUGAGGUGGACGUGCGUGAACGCGCACGCGAGGUGGACGUGCGUGAACGCGCACGCGAGGUGGACGGGCGUGAGCGCGCACGUGAGGUGGACGGGCGUGAGCGUGCACGUGAGGUGAAUGGGCAUAAUCGCACAUGUGAGGCCGAAGAGCGUGGCCGUGCACGUGAGGCGGAAGAGCGUGGCCGUGCACGUGAAACCGAGCAGCAUGAGCGUGCACGCCAGGGUGGCCGCCAUAGCAGACAAGACGAAAGAGCAGAAGAAGAGGAGCAGCAGGCGGAGGAGAGGAGACAAAAAAUGGACGUUCAAGGCAGACAAAGAGACGGAGAAAGGGAGAGAGACAGCGGGAGAGAAAGGGAGAGAGACAGCGGGAGGGAAAGAGAGAGAGACAACGGAAGGGAAAGAGAGAGAGAGCGAGCAAGGGAGAGAGAGACUGAGAAGAAGAGAGAGAGGGAAAGAGAGCAAGAGAAACCGAGGGAUAGAGAGAAGAACAAAGAGAACAGAGAGGAGAGGAGGAGGAGGAGUUAAAACUUUCUCCGUCUUGAAGCAGCAGUGAUGGACUGACAUCUUUUCUUCUGUUCUGUCAUCCUUUGCUUCUUUACCUCAUCAUAUUGUUGUUUUGGAUUUGGGACCUGUCUCUCUUCACCUGUCUCUCGCUGUCUAAAUCUGUCUACCUGUAUUUUCUAAUAAUGAUUUUGUUGAUAAAAUGCGAGGAAAAAAAAACAUUAAAGUUGCUUUAGAUGUUUUCUAA